AUGAGGGUUGGUGAUGUUCAGGUUGGGAAUACGAAUUGCGGGUUUGCACGGCAGGCGGCUAAAAGCUGUGCAACUUGGCGGUCUCAUGUCGAUCGGAUGAGGGGGGAUUAUGAAUACUACCCGAAGCCAAAAAGGCAAUUUGGGUUACACGGAAGUGGGAUCUUUACGUAG